AACGUUUUUUUUUCAUUUCUUUAAGUUAUUCCAUUUUGAUAAAAAAAACCUUGUUCAAAAUUCAGCAAACAAGUGCAAAAAACUGCUUAACAUAAUUUGGUCACUUCAGGUCAGAGUAUAAAAACAAGAAGCUAGAUUUUAGUGAACUAAACAUGAACUUUGAAACGAUAAACACCACAUCGGCCCUCACAUGGGCUUUGUUAUUUAUUGUUCUAUUUUUUAUAAUAAAAUACAACUGGAACAGACGCUGGUUGUAUUAUUAUGGGUCUAAAAUCGACGGUCCCUUCGCCUGGCCCAUCAUCGGAAUCGCCCAUUACUUCAUCGGCGGCCAAAAAGUAUUUUACAAUCAACUUACUAAACUAUUUGAGGCCCAACCGCCAAUUUUCAAAUUUUGGUUGGGCCAGGAUUUGGUAGUUGCGACAUCAAGGCUAAAAGACGUCGAAAUUAUUUUAAACAAUUGUUUCGAGAAACCGAAAUUUUAUAAUUUCAUGUGCGAAGUGACAGGGAAUGGUCUUCUAACAGCUCGGGAAAACAUUUGGAAGGAGAGGAGAAAAAUGAUCAAUCAGGCUUUCAGUUUGAAAGUUUUACAUUCGUAUGUUGAUAUUUUUUCGAAACGUGCAAAGUGUUUAAUAAGUUGGUUUGAGGAGGAUUUUGGCAAAGAAGAUGUUUUUUUUAAGUUGUAUAGGUGCACUUUCGAUACCGCCUGUGAAGCACUUGCAGAUGUUGAUCCUACUUUACUUCAUGGUAAAAAUAAUUACAUAAACAACUUAAAAAGAAUGAUAGAUAUUCUGACAAUUCGUUCGUUCAGUAUUUGGCUUCAUGACGAUUUUUUUUGGAAACUGUCGCCUUUAAGCAAAGAAAUGAGCAAAGCUUCUGCCGAAACAUUUUCUUUUAUAAAACAAAUCAUUGGUUUGAAAAAAUUAGACCCAAAAAAUCAUACUUCCAAACGUUUCCUAAAUCACUUAUUGACCUUGAAUGAAACAAAUCCAAAAUUUGACGACUCAGCCAUUGAAGAAGAACUCCAAACCAUUCUGAUCACUUCUAGUGAGAGCACUGCCCUUACGGUUGGUAUGAUUUUGACAGUUUUAGGGAUAUAUCCAGAAAUACAGAAAAAAGUGUCCAAAGAACUUGAUUCAAUUUUUGGCCACGAUGACAGAGAAACAACUCUUGAAGACGUCCAAAAAAUGAAAUAUCUAGAAUGUGUUAUUAAGGAAACUUCGAGGGUACUCCCAGCAGUACCACUGCUUGCAAGACUAGCCGAUAAAGACAUAAAAUUAGACAAUUACACCAUUCCUGCUGGAAGUAUAAUAGUAAUCCCGAUUUGGCAAAUUGGCAAAAACGCCGAUUUUUGGAAAAAUCCGAAAAAAUUCGAUCCUGACCGAUUUUUGCCCGAAAAUUGUGACCCAAAUCGUCCGCGUUCUAGCUUCAUUCCGUUUAGUUACGGACCAAGAAAUUGCAUAGGCUUCCAGUACAGUAACAUGUUAGUCAAAGUGCUAACGGCCACAAUUUUACGAAAGUACACAAUCAAGUGCCCACAGUAUACAAGUUUCGAACAAGUUGAGAUCAUUUUCAGUAUUACUGCACGACCAAAACAUGGCUUCAAAAUACAAAUGGAAAAGAAAUUAAUCCAAACCAUGAAGCCAGAAAAGAUCACGUCAGCCCUGAUAUGGGUUUUAUUCAUUAUAGUUUUAUAUUUUUUGCUUAAAUACAACUGGAGUAGGCGCUGGUUGUAUUAUUAUGGGUCUAAAAUCGACGGUCCCUUCGCCUGGCCCAUCAUUGGAAGCGCCCAUCAUUUCAUCGGAGGCCAAAAAGUCUUUUACAAGAAAAUGACCCAAAUCUUUGAAACAUACCCAACACUUAGCAAAUUCUGGUUGGGUAAAGACUUAAUAGUGAUAACUUCCAGACCGGAAGAUGUUGAAAUAGUGCUAAACAGUUGUUUCGAAAAACCGAAAUUCUACAAAUAUGCGUAUAAAUUGUUCAGAACUGGUCUUUUAAUAGCGCCAGUGAAUAUUUGGAAGGAGAGGAGAAGAAUGAUUGGUCCCACUUUUAACUCGAAAACUUUACAAACAUUUACCGAGAUUUUUGGAAAACAGGCGAACCGUUUAGUGCGAGUUUUGGAACAGGAAUGUGGGAGAGAAUUUGAUAUUUUUUUAAAAUUGUUCAGAUGCACUUUGGAUACGGCUUGUGAAGCACUUGUUGGUGUUGACAGUUCCCUACUUCAAGGUCAAGACAAUUAUUUACAAAAACUGAUAAGGGCAGAAGACAUUGCCACAAUCCGUUCAUUCAGUCCUUGGCUCCAAGUUGAUUUUUUUUGGAAAAAGUCACCGUUGGGCCGAGAAAUGGACAAAGCAUGUGCUGAAUCGUUUACUUUCAUUAAGCAAAUUCUGUCAUUGAAAAAAUGUGAUUUCAAGGAUACAACUAACCCCUUUACGAAUUAUUUACAACACUUGAAUAAAUCAAAUGACGAUUCACCGGUCGAGGACGAAAUUCAAAAUAUUUUAAUCACUGGUAGUGAAAGUUCAGCUCUCGCACUUGCAUUGGUUUUAGUAGUUUUGGGAAUAUACCCAGAAGUUCAGGAGAAAAUCUACGAAGAGCUUGACGCCAUUUUGUGGAACACUGACGAAAUAACACUGGAACAUAUCAACAAAAUGGUUUACCUUGAAGCCGUGAUCAAGGAAACGAUGAGGAUUUUACCAACCGUUCCGUUCAUUAACCGACGAAUGACCGAAGAUUUGCACUUAAAUGAUUGCGUUGUCCCAACUGGAAGUAACAUAAUCAUCAGCAUAAAAAACAUCCACGAUUCGCCCCUUUUGUGGGAAAAUCCGGAUAAAUUUGAUCCUGAGAGGUUUUUAACUGAAAGAGAUCCAAAUCGUUCACGUUGUGCUUUCAUGCCGUUUGGUUACGGUCCCAGAAAUUGUAUAGGUUUCAAAUUUGCGAUGCUUUCCAUGAAAGUAAUGAUGGCAUCACUGUUGAAGAACUUCACCUUUGAACCGGCCGUAUACAAGUCAAUUGCAGAAAUUGAAUGCUUCUACAAUAUUGUAGCCAAACCAAAGAAAGGGUACAAAGUUAAGUUUAGCGAAAGAAAAUUGUACAAUAACAAUGAUAAAUUGUAAUAAAUAAAAACGUUUUGUUUA